AUGGACCCAUCCCUCCAUCCACAGCCUUGCCGGCUUCUGAGUCUCCCCAACGAGGUCAAACUCCAUGUCGUCGAUUAUAUCGAUACCCGCAGAGACCUCUACAAUCUAUCUCUAACAUGUCGUGCCCUCGAGGACAUUGUCAUUAGCCGACUCUAUCACAACGUCGACUUCCAUCUCCCUCAAUUCCCUCUGCCUGGAGCAGUCGCGUUCCGAGAUGCCCUCGUUCAAUCUGUUCGAGAACUCACAAUCAGAAAUGGCAGGACGCAGAGAAGGAAUUCGGUCUUCAAGCGCAGGAGAAUAUCAGAUGCGGGUUCUGUGGAGGGCCAUGUGAACAGCCUACUUGAGAAUGUUCCUAGCAGUCGAAUGACGAGCUUUGCACUUUUACAUCAGAGCCCCCUAGGUCGCCGAACGUUGACGUCCCUCGCCCAACGACACGAGCGCACCCUCAGGCGCCUCCAUUUCUACGACAUUUCUUCCUGGAAAGAGGGAACGCUGGUUCCUAGAUACCUGACAAGUCUUGAGGCCCGCACCGUCAAUGAUGGAGAGGCGGUGGAAAACAUCCUAGCUGCUAAUAGAAAGUCUAUCGAAAGGUUGUCAUUAGGGCAGGAAAAACAGCUGAUCGACUCUUACCAAUCGAGCAGGCUGAGUUUUCUCCAACAAAUCCAGCAACCGCUAGAGACACUUUUCCCCUCGUUAUAUCGACUGGACACCUUCCCUCAACUACGCGAGCUGUCUCUGCAAGGCCUGGAUCUGACUCCUCUACGGCCAUCUUCGAUUCCGCAUGCCUUGUUCUUCUGUCAGCUGGAACGCUUCACCUUGGAAUCCUGCGCUGGCAGCCAUGAUCUCCUUCAAUCCAUCGCAGGAACGUUCCACUGGGCGUCGACGUCCCCGGAGGCACCUCAGAACCCACGCGUCAGCCCGUCCUUGAAGCACUUUCUUUUCCGCCACGAAAAUCCUACAGCCCCCCUCAAGGAAGCCCUCGUCCGCUUCCUCAGCUCAUUCACCGGCCUCCGGACCUUGUCCCUAUUAUUUGAAAACGGCGCCAUACUUGAAAGGCCGAGCACGUUCAUCGCCGAACACGGUCCCACCCUUGAAACUCUUGUGUUUGAAUCCCGCAUCCAGCCUCGUGAACACCUCUCAAUUGACACUUCGCGCCCCUUCGGCGUUGGUGGAUACAGUCAUGAUUUGUGGGAGGAGUCGAUCAACGACAUCGCCCGCCUCUGCCCCAACCUGAUAGAACUCGGCAUGGGCUUCCCCUGGAAUGAUGAGAUGAUCCGACUGCGAAAGACCGCUCUCCCAACGCUCGAGCACCUGCGAACCAUCCACAUCCGUAAUUUCCCUGAGAACCAAGUAUUUAGCCAAGUGGGAGACUACACCAUCAAAGAGUACGCGACAAAGUUCGUCGAAUGGGUCUUUCCCUCCUCGGUCGGAGGAACAACACCACCCCUGACACACCUCGCCAUUGGCCCGACACUGUACGAGUCUCGAUGGAAGAUCAUGCCUCCUUCCAUUGCCACGGAUGUAAACACUUCCACCACCCAGCGCCGUCAGCAAGCGACAUCGCGCGCACAGCCACCCGAGUUUCUACGCACGCACCAUUUCUGCCUCGACUGGGCCAAGACGCGCUUCAACCGCUGGAGCUGUCUAAUCACGCCCGUCUCGGAAAAAUACAUGGAAGAGAUCACCGGCCAGAAACCUCUGGGCGGUGUCUUUGAACAAGUGUGGUUGAGGUGA